AUGGCGGAGUCCACAUGUGUGCCUCCCGUUAAAGAGCUUCAUGCGGAACAAACUGCAGACGGGACGAACAUCAAAGAGGAGGAGACAGGAGACACUGGAUGGCAACAGGAUGGACAGGAGAACGUGCUGUGUCAGGAAACGUACAGUGAGGACCAGGAAACCUACGACUACUUCGGUGCAACCCAACCAACCGGACAUCCUUGGAACGAGACUUACAACAUUUGGGAGCAGACAACAGACACGAGACGGCAGCAGGAAGAGAAAAGGGACGAAACGUACAGGAGAGCAGAGGCGAUAUGGGAAGGCGUGUGGUUAAACACGCUGGUGAAAAACCCUACAUGUGUGGGGAGUGUGGGUACAGGGCAGCGCGAAAGUACCAUUUAUCGCAGAGGCGAUAUGGGAAGGCGUGUGGUUAAACACGCUGGUGAAAAACCCUACAUGUGUGGGGAGUGUGGGUACAGGGCAGCGCGAAAGUACCAUUUAUCCCUACAUAUGAAUACCCAUACAGGAGAGAAACCCUACAAGUGUGGGGAGUGUGAGCACAGGGCAGCUCAAAAGUCCGACUUAUCCAGACAUAUGAGAACCCAUACAAAAGAUCGACCCUACAAGUGUGACCAGUGCGACUAUUCUGCAGCACAAAAAUUUGACUUAUCCAAACAUAUGAGAACCCACACUGGAGAUAAACCCUACAAGUGUGACCAGUGUGACUAUUCCGCCGCACGGAAAUCAAGUUUGGACCAACAUCUAGCAAAUCACACCGGUGAGAAACCCUACAUGUGUGGGGAGUGUGAAUACAGGACAGCUAAGAAGUCCCACUUAUCUCGACAUAUGAAAACCCAUACUGGAGAGAGACCCUACAAGUGUGACCAGUGCGACUAUUCUGCUGCACAGAAAGGUGAAUUGAAUAAACAUCUAGCAAAACACACUGGUGAAAAACCCUACAUGUGCGAAGAAUGCGGGUACAGGGCUAUAAGAAAGUAUACCUUAUCCCUACAUAUGAAAACCCAUACAGGAGAGAACCCCUACAAGUGUGACCAGUGUGACUAUUCAUUUGCAGAGAAAUCCAAAUUGGGUCGACAUAGAAGAAAACACACCGGUGAGAAACCCUACGUGUGUGGAGAUUGUGGGUACAGGACGGCUGUGAAGUGCAACCUAUCCACACACAUAAGAAGCCACACAGGAGAAAAACCCUACAAGUGUGACCAGUGUGACGUUUCUGUAGCAAACAAAUCUCACUUGAACCGACACUUACGAAAACACACCGGUGAGAAACCCUACAUGUGUUGGGAGUGUGGGUACAGGGUGGCUCAAAAUUCUGACUUAUCCCGACAUAUGAGAAGUCAUACGGGAGAAAAACCUUACAAAUGUGACCAGUGUGACUAUUCUGCUGCACAUAAACCCUCCUUGGACCAUCAUCUAGCAAAACACCGGUGAGAAACCCUACAUCUGCGGGGAGUGUGGGUACAGGACAGCAAGAAGGUCUAACUUAUCUAGACAUAUGCGAAAAACCCCACGAGCGUGGUCGGUGGGACAAUCCUAACCCCUCACAGUUGUGGCCAAAAUGACUCUACCUGUGCAUAAGGUAUAGUAACUGUAGAUGCUGUGUAUGUGGUAUAGUAACUGUAGGUGCUGUGCAUGUGGUAUAGUAACUGUAGGUGCUGUGCAUGUGGUAUUGUAACUAGGUGCUGUGUAUGUGGUAUAGUAACUGUAGAUGCUGUGUAUGUGGUAUAGUAACUGUAGAUGCUGUGUAUGUGGUAUAGUGACUUAGGUGCUACUUUAGAGAGGGCCACACUCAGAGCAAAUGUUGUUUGACCUUCACACAAUGUUGUAAAGAAAGACACGUUGAUGAGAAAAUGAGCUGAAAUCUGUAAUUUACUGACGCUUUGGUGGCUAUUCCCUUUGUCUUACCGUACGGAACAUGAACAUUUUGUAUAGGACAAUGUGAACA